GGCCCCGGCGCCAUGUUGGGGCUGAGGGGAAGGCAGAGGAGCGCUUGAAGCGGCGGGAGCGGAGAGGGAGCGGGAGCGGGUUGGACUCGGGCCGGCAGGAGCCCCGCCCCUCCCGCCUCAGCGGAUCAUGACCCGGGCGGAGGUCGCGGUGGCGGGGGAAGUGGCGUGGCGGGGCCGGCGCUAGAGAUGAUGCCGUUUCCGGUGACGACCCCUGGAUCACAACAGACCCCGCCGCCGCCCAAGCGCUGUGGCAUCUCCUCCCCCGUCAGUUUAGCGGCCCCCAAGGAGACUGACUGCGUACUUACCCAGAAGCUAAUCGAAACCCUGAAGCCCUUCGGGGUUUUUGAAGAGGAAGAGGAACUGCAGCGCAGGAUUUUAAUUUUGGAAAAAUUAAAUAAUCUGGUAAAGGAAUGGAUACGGGAGAUCAGUGAAAGCAAGAGCCUUCCGCAAGCUGUAAUUGAAAACGUUGGCGGGAAAAUCUUUACGUUCGGCUCUUACAGGUUAGGAGUACACACGAAAGGUGCCGAUAUCGAUGCGUUGUGCGUUGCUCCAAGACAUGUUGACCGAAGCGACUUUUUCACCUCGUUCUAUGAUAAAUUGAAACUACACGAAGAAGUGAAAGAUUUAAGGGCUGUUGAGGAGGCGUUUGUGCCAGUUAUUAAACUGUGUUUUGAUGGGAUAGAGAUUGAUAUUUUGUUUGCAAGGUUGGCGCUGCAGACCAUUCCAGAAGAUUUGGACCUAAGAGAUGACAGUCUGCUUAAAAAUUUAGAUAUUAGGUGCAUAAGAAGCCUUAACGGUUGCCGGGUGACAGAUGAGAUUUUACAUCUAGUACCCGACAUUGACAACUUCAGGCUAACUCUGAGAGCUAUCAAAUUGUGGGCCAAAUGCCACAAUAUCUAUUCCAAUAUAUUAGGUUUCCUAGGAGGUGUUUCCUGGGCCAUGCUAGUGGCAAGAACUUGCCAGCUCUAUCCAAAUGCAAUAGCAUCGACUCUUGUCCGUAAGUUUUUCUUGGUGUUUUCUGAAUGGGAGUGGCCAAAUCCAGUGCUACUGAAAGAGCCUGAAGAACAGAACCUUAAUUUGCCUGUGUGGGACCCAAGAGUAAAUCCCAGUGAUAGGUACCAUCUUAUGCCCAUAAUCACACCAGUGUACCCACAGCAGAACUCCACAUACAAUGUGUCUGUUUCAACAAGGAUGGUCAUGAUUGAGGAGUUUAAACAAGGGCUGGCCAUUACACACGAAAUUUUGCUGAGUAAGGCAGAGUGGUCCAAGCUUUUUGAAGCUCCAAGCUUCUUUCAAAAGUACAAGCAUUAUAUUGUACUUCUAGCAAGUGCACCAACAGAGAAACAACAUCUAGAAUGGGUGGGCUUGGUGGAAUCAAAAAUCCGAAUCCUGGUCGGGAGCUUGGAGAAGAAUGAAUUUAUUACUCUGGCGCAUGUGAAUCCUCAGUCAUUUCCGGCUCCUAAAGAAAAUCCGGACAGGGAAGAAUUUCGCACGAUGUGGGUGAUUGGGUUAGUGUUAAAAAAGCCGGAAAACUCUGACGUUCUCAGUAUUGAUCUCACCUAUGAUAUCCAGUCUUUCACGGAUACGGUUUAUAGGCAAGCAAUAAAUACUAAGAUGUUUGAGGUAGAUAUGAAAAUUGCUGCAAUGCAUUUAAGAAGAAAGGAACUUCAUCAACUACUACCUAAUCAAGUGCUUCAGAAAAAGAAAACACAUUCAGCAGAAGGUGUCACUUUGACAGCUUUGAAUGACAACAGCCUUGACUUCUCUGUAGACAGUGAAGACGGCAUGUCUGUGCCUUCACCUACGAGCAUUAUGAAGACCGGCCCAAUGACUGGCAGCUGUCAGGGCAGAAACAGUCCUGCUCCUGCUAUAAUGGUGGCAUCUGUGACCAAUGUACAAGUUACUGAAGUCUCCUUGCAACAAGUGAAUCCCAGUGAAAGCUUGGGUGCGUCGGGGGAAAGCAUUCCUCAGACUGCCUCACAACCAGCCCUUUGUCCACCACCAAAGCCCACAGUUGCCAGAGUUGUUUCUUCUACACGUCUGGUAAAUCAUCCACCCAGGCCUUCAGGGAGCACUGCAACAAACAUAGCUAAUCCUAUAGUGGGAGUCUAGCAGACAUUCUCACCUCAGAAAGGACCAAAGAAACUAAAAGAAGAGGAACAAUCUCCUAAAGAGACAGUAUAACUCCACUAGAAACCAUUCAGAUAGUGGCUGGCCAUCUGGAAAACAUCCAGUACAGAACUUUUCAGUAUCUCUGCUCUUCCUGCAAAUCCUGCUCCUGUUACCAAGAAUUCAGUAAGACAGACUGAACUGACAAAAACAACCUCCAGGGUCCAUAAACAAUAUCUGCCAACUCAACCUGUUGUCUUCAAAUGCCACAGGAAGAGAAUGAAGGAUACCGAACGAGAUUUGACUCAAAAUAGAUUUAGCCUUAUUUGGUAACUUCCUUUACUUGGCUAAUCUUGAUCAGAAGUCCAGGUUAGUAGGUGAAGCUAGAACUGUUAUUAAUGUGUCAGCAGCAGUUGUAGUAACUAUUUGAAAGGACUAGUGCCCAUAAAGAGAAAAAAAAAAAAAAAACCAACCCCUUCAGCUGGCAACCCCAUGCCUGACAUCUGGACUGGAUUUAUGUUUGAUGCAUUGUCGGGGAAAAUUUGCAAUACAAAUUGGUAUCAGAAUUCCUUA